CUGAUCGAGAGUAAGCCCUCCCAGAAAGAGCUUGGAAAAUUGAUGAUAUUCUGGCAUAGCAGUGUUGUCUUUCAACUCUUCUUUAAAGACAAUGGCUCAGAUGGCCCUACUCCGUGAAUAUUAUUUAGUUCGUCACACUUUUCUUGGUGGUACUUUCUAUAGUCACGCCUAAACUUUGGAUAUCAUUGUCUAUAUUUCAUUUAACAAGAUUUCAUUGCCCCCACUACAUACCUAUCUUAUAUUUGUAAUGUUGCAGAAGAGUAUCUUGCUUUUUCUGUCACUGGAUUCACAUGCCUUCCAUGAAGAGAUUCAAAUCUACAUUAUUGCUUACUCAUUUAGAAUGUGUGUCCAUAUUUUCUUCCUGUGCAGAAAUGAACAGAGAGAAACUGACAUGCCUACCUACUAUUAUUUAGAGGACAGGUGCUGGCGUCCUUAAUGAUUUUAAAGCAAUCACCUUGCUGUGUACUGUUUCAUUUCAGAGUCUUUCUGCUUGCAUUUCACAGCAGUAGUCCUCACGACUGUGCAACCUGGACUGGUGCCUUGGAACGGAACUUGCAAGAAUGAGUCAAGAGUCCCGAUUAUUUGAAUGUUUUGCUAGGUUCCUUUCACAUUCAAUUUCUUGUGAUUGAAGUAAGAAUGCACAAGCAAUCAUGCCUUUCUUUCUCAACCAUAUCUUUUCCUACCCUUAAAAGGCUCAAACCAUUUACCUUUUUCAUACUGUUCUAGAGUUCUUUUCUUUUCUUUUCUUUUUUUCAUUCCUUCACUCUUUUAUCUUCCUUUUCUACAUUUAAAAACUAUCAACUAUAUCCAAUCCAGAGAGCACAUUAAGCUUUCACAAAUCUUUUGAUGCAUCUUCCAACCAUCCUCCCUCUCCCAUGAAGAGACCAGCUGUGAACAUGUCAGCGAGGAUUAAUCAAGUGAAAUACAAACCUACUGGUAUCAACCAGAACGCAAUAUCCAUCAGGCGAAACUCUGGUAACAGAGUUUCUGGGAAUAGAUGGCUUGGUCGAAGUUAUGGAUUCAGGCUCCUGAAGAGAUCAAUAAUGUCACCAGCGGUAUUUCUCAAGCAUCUCGGUGGGAAGGUAGCCAAAGCUCUGCGUUUGGAGAGGCGGCCUUCGCCUGGAGUUUCUUCUUCAGGAAGAUCAAGACCAUCUGUAGCUCCUAUUGAUGCUCACAGAGCUGAAGCCAUAGAAGAUUGCAUUGAGUUCAUCAACUCUGCUUCUUUGUCUAGGUCAAAUUCCGUUACUGCAAAUCCUUGUUAAAUUAUUGUUACAGUCAACUACAUGGCCAUAAAACUUUUGUUGUACGCCCUUUACGAAAAUGAGAGAGAAUAAACAAUGUAAACUCCAUUUAACUUUGCUAUGAAGGAAAUCCUGCAAGAGUCUCAGUUCACAAA